AUGGCAACCAACAUCGAUCCUAAUUCAGCUGUUUAUGCUACCGAUGAAUAUGGUAGACCUUUUAUUAUUGUUAGAGAAGGGCAACAAAAGUCGAGAUUAAGUGGCAUCGCUGCUAUUCGUUCACAUAUUCUCGCUGCUAAAACUGUAUCUAAUAUUAUUAAAACUUCUCUCGGUCCUCGAGGUCUUGACAAGAUCUUGAUUUCUCCUGAUGGUGAUAUUACUGUAACUAAUGAUGGUGCUACUAUCCUUGAUCAAAUGGCAGUUGAACAUCAAAUUGCUAAAUUACUUGUUCAAUUAUCACAAAGUCAAGAUCAAGAAAUUGGUGAUGGCACUACUGGUGUUGUUGUCCUUGCUGGUGCUUUGUUGGAACAAUGCGAGCAACUUUUAGAUCGUGGUAUUCAUCCUAUUCGUAUUGCAGAUGGGUUUGAACGUGCUUGCGCUGUUGCAGUUAAACAUUUAGAUGACAUUUCAGAUACUAUUGAGUUUAGUAAAGAUAAUGUUGCUAAUUUAAAAAAGACAGCCAUGACUAGUCUUGGUAGUAAAAUUGUUUCUAAAUAUCAUGAAAAAUAUGCUGAUAUUGCAGUUGAAGCAGUUUUAUCUGUUGCUGACUUGGAACGUAAAGAUGUUGAUUUUGAAUUGAUCAAAGUAGAUGGUAAAGUAGGUGGCUCUUUAGAAGAUACCAUUUUGGUGAAAGGUGUUGUUGUUGAUAAAGAUAUGUCUCAUCCUCAAAUGCCUCGUGAAGUUCGUGAUGCAAAGAUUGCUAUCUUAACAUGUGCUUUUGAACCACCAAGACCCAAGACAAAGCAUAAGCUCGAUAUUACAACUGUAGAAGAAUAUGAAAAAUUAAAGAAUUAUGAAAAAGAGAAAUUCAAUCAGAUGAUUGAUCAAGUGAAGCAAUCAGGUGCCAACUUGGUUAUUUGUCAAUGGGGUUUUGAUGAUGAGGCUAAUCACUUGUUGUUACAAAAUAAGUUACCUGCUGUGAGAUGGGUAGGUGGUCCUGAAAUUGAAUUGAUUGCAAUUGCUACAAAUGGCCGUAUUGUUCCUCGUUUCGAAGAUUUAUCACCUGAAAAGUUAGGUAAGGCAGGACUUGUUCGUGAAUUGACGUUUGGUACAACCAAGGACCGUAUGUUGGUUAUUGAAGAAUGUGCUAAUACACGUGCUGUCACUAUUUUUGUUAGAGGUGGUAAUAAAAUGAUUAUUGAUGAAGCUAAACGAUCUAUUCAUGAUGCUAUGUGUGCUGUUCGUAAUUUGGUACGUGAUAAUCGUGUUGUCUAUGGAGGCGGUGCAGCUGAGAUUAGUUGUUCUCUUGCUGUUGCCAAGGUGGCUGAUGAAAUUUCAUCUAUUGAACAAUAUGCUAUGCGUGCCUUUGCUGAUGCUUUAGAUGCUACACCUCUUGCACUUGCUGAAAACUCGGGUCUUUCUCCUAUUGAAACUUUGGCAGAAGUUAAGGCUCAACAAGCCACUACUGGUAAUUCUAAGCUUGGUAUUGAUUGUCUUCAUAAAGGCUCUAAUGAUAUGAAAGAUCAACAUGUAUAUGAUCCAUUGAUCUCUAAGCGUCAACAAUAUUUAUUGGCUACUCAAUUAGUCAAGAUGAUUUUGAAGAUUGAUGACGUGAUUACUACUUUCGAACAACAAUAA